AAAAAAACUCCAACCUAAUCUAGGCUUUACUCUUUCAUUUUUUAUUUACUUUAAUAUAAACCAGUUAUUCCUUUUAUGAAAAUGGUUUAUAUUGUAUCUUUCAAAUACACACUUUUAGCCACACCGUCUCAAUUUUCUUGAUAUCGUGCCAAUUGCAAGAUCUGGCCCAAGGAAUCCAAAUUAGGACAUAAGAUCAUUGAUUAAACCAUAAGUUUUUUAAACGAAAACAUCCUUAAUCCUUGUUUGACCAAUUCGAUUUGUUUCCAAAAAUUAAAGAGAAAACGCAAGAUUCAUAUCCAACUCCACUAAAAUACCAGUCAUUCUGAAAUGAUAACACAGUCUAAAAGAUAGUGAUUAGUGAGCCUAACACGCUAACAGGUGGUUUAGAGUAAUCAAUGGUGGGAAUCGUUGUGGAUUAUAUUGUUAGAGCUAUAAAACAAAAAAUAAAGAAAAAGAAGUAAAAUUUAUAGUCUUGUAAUUGAAGUAAAGUUAGUUGAACUGUUGAAGAAGUCUAGGGUCCCACACCUUUCAUCAUUUUACACCAUACAUGCAUAAAGAAUCAUUAUAUACAUACGAAAAACUGCUCUUAAAAGUGAAAGUUGGGAGAAGGGGGAAAGCUAAGGUGGGUAGUUUUAACAAAUAUAGAUCAUAUCUUCUACGCAAAAGAAGAAAAAGCACAAAAAGGCUUGCAUAAUCAAAUUGGAGGAAAGAAUAAGAAAGGAUGUAUAAUUAACCAGCUUUGAACCUGAGAAAAUUCUAAAGGUCACAUACUAUAAUAGAACAGUUACUAGUUACUAGUACUUUGCAAAGCAGAGAAGGGGUAUAAAUAGAAAGGGAAAAAAGAAGUUUCUUUAGUUGAAUGUUACUUUAGGGUUGGUUGCAGCUUUGUUGAAUGGGUUCUGCAAGACUGGUUCAAAAACAAUAAAUGAAAGGUGAUUUUUGCAGGGUGAAAUGAUAUGCUUAUUAGAGGAACAUGGGAAAGAAAGGCAGCUGGUUUUCUGCCAUCAUAAGACUUUUCACACCCAAUUCUUCCAAGGAUAAGCAAGCUAAUGGAACAAAGAGGAAAAAAUGGAAGCAAGGAAGAGGAGUAGUAAAGCAAGGAGAGAGCAAAUCAUAUUUUCCACUAUGCAGAGAGCCAAGCAGUAUUGAGAAGAUAUUGGGGGAGGCAGAUGCACAUAGGCGGCAGCGGCGGGAACGUGUUCCUGAUGAAAAUCCCAGACUUUCCUCUGGGAGGAGGACACCUUCCUCACCAAGCCGCCCUCCUCCUCCAGAAGUGAACGCUUAUGUACAUCGACCUGCAGCAGAACCAACUCUGAAAGCACUUCAGGUCUCUGCUGCCAUCAGGAUCCAGGCUGCCUUUAGAGGCUACAAGGCGAGGAGGGGGUUUAGAGCUUUGAGGGGCUUAGUGAGACUUGAAGGAGUGAUGAGAGGUCAAAAUGUAGAAAGGCAGGUCUUGAAUGCCAUGAAACAAAUGCAGUUUAUGGUUAGGAUUCAAACACAAAUUCAGUGUCGAAGGAUCCAAAUGUUGGAAAGCCAGGCCCGGGAUUUAAACAACGAUGUGGAUGGCGAGUGCACCCUCACCAAUUGGACCCCAUCUACUCGAGCAGGUAACCCGGAGAAUUGGGAUGGUAGUAUGCUAACGAAAGAUGAAAUAGAACAAAGGGGGCGAAGAAAAGUGGAUGCAGUUAUAAAUAGGGAGAGACCUAUGGCUUAUGCAUAUUCCAAUCAGUUGUGGAAAGGCAAUAAGCUGAGAUGGAGUGGAUACCCUUCUGUGUGGUGGAACUGGUUAAACCACAGCCAGCCUGAUAUGAAUAACGUCCAUCGAACACCUCCCCGAGCCCCAUCUGGGAGCAAGCCUAGUCCUCAUUUUCCGGCUACACCAACAUCAACAAAGUCAGCUGUUCCAAUGAGAAGCAAAGACUUCAAUACUUCUACAAGUUCCCCUUUCCACUACCCAUUGGCCGACGAUGACAGCCUAACAAGCUGUCCAGCCUUUCCAAGUUACAUGGCACCAACUGCUUCGGCGAAAGCGAAAGCAAGGAGGCCAUUUAACAACAUGAGGGAGAGGAAUGAUCAUUUUGCGGGUGGAACGUCUUCAAACGACUCGAAGAGGAGGUUCUCUUUUCCUUUAACUCCAAAUAGUAAUGCCGGGUCGUCUUUCAGGUCGAACAAAGAGUCAAGCAAAGAUGUUACUCCUAAGAGUGUGGACUCGACGGUUUCUAUUGUUGGGAGGAAACCAUUUAACAGAUUUGUGUGAUUUGAUUCUUUUGUUAUGCUUUGUUUGUGUAACCGUUUGUAUAACCAUGGUUGUGUGUUUUUAUUUUGGGGUGUUAGUUUCACAGCAAAUUUGAAUAAUAGUACCCUAAAUAAGAUUUUUUAUAUUCGCAUAUUUUGCAAAAAAAAAAAAACUCGUUUCUCGUGGAAAUAUACAAGGUGGUGUUCAUGAUUGUAGUGCAAAAAGCACAUGUUUGGUAACUAAUAUUUUCAUCUUAUGAGUCAUUUUG